UUUUUUUAAAGCUCCAUCUUUAUGAAAUAUUUUCAUCUGAACAGAUCAUUUAUUGAUGUCCUCACUUGAAAAUGAUUCCUCUCUAAUGUAGAUUCCUGUCUAACAUCCCAUGCACACUGAUGUAAUGUCGUCACAUCCAAUCACAGCCGAGGGACGCAGCAGCUCAAUCUGAGUGCCUGCUGGAUUAGUACAGCUUCUCCUCCUCGGCAGCUCAUUCGUUGUGUCAAACACCGAAGAUCAACAUGCCUGAACCCGCCAAGUCUGCCCCUAAGAAGGGCUCCAAGAAAGCCGUGACCAAGAGCGCCGCUAAAGGAGGCAAGAAGAGGAAGAGGAGCAGGAAGGAGAGCUACGCCAUCUACAUCUACAAGGUGCUCAAGCAGGUCCAUCCUGACACCGGCAUCUCCUCCAAGGCCAUGAGCAUCAUGAACUCCUUCGUCAACGACAUCUUUGAGCGCAUCGCCUCCGAGGCUUCCCGUCUGGCUCACUACAACAAGCGCUCCACCAUCUCCUCCAGGGAGAUCCAGACCGCUGUGCGCCUCCUGCUGCCCGGGGAGCUGGCCAAGCAUGCCGUGUCUGAGGGCACCAAGGCUGUCACCAAGUACACCAGCUCCAAGUAAACGGCUCUGCUCUCAAACCCAAAGGCUCUUUUAAGAGCCACCCACUCCAUCUAAAGGGCUCUGAUUUUCCUACUUG